AUGAGUUCUCCCGACGGCAACAUCGUGGCGGCGCCUAGUGUCAAAAGAAGUUUGGAGGCGACCGACAUGAAGGAAAUGGUAGACGCCGAUGAGCUCCGGCUCGCUCAAAUGGGCCAUACCCAAGAACUCAAAAGACACUUUAGCACCCUCAGCCUGAUUGGCCUUGCUUCCACGACGACCAUUUCCUGGACCGGUCUGGGUCUGGGUCUGAUCACCGAGAUUGGAGCUGGCGGCCCGGGCGCUGUCAUCUACGGCUUCAUCCUCGUCACAACUCUGCAGUGUUUCCUCGGUGCUUCGCUGGCCGAGUUUGUCUCCUCGUAUCCGACCGAGGGAGGCAUGUACCACUGGAUCGCUGCUGUGGCGCCACGGAGGGCCACCGGCCCCCUAAGCUUCUUCACAGGCUGGUUCAGCGUGCUUGGCUGGAUUUUCACCACUGCUUCGACAAACAUUAUCUACGCCCAGAUUCUCAUGGCAUUGAUUGCUUUGUACAACGAAACCCUUGAAAUCAAGGCUUGGCAAACUUUCAUCGUGUAUCAGGGGCUAAACCUGAUCACUGCCAGCAUCGUCAUGUUCGGCAACCGCAUUAUUCCCGGUCUGAACAAAUUCUCCUUGUUUUACCUCCAAAUCGGAUGGCUCGUAGUCUUGAUCACCGUGGCGGCGUGUGCACCUACGCACCGAAGUGCAGAGUUUGUCUUCAGGACAUGGAUCAACAAUACCGGUUGGGAGAACCAGGUCAUCUGCUUCAUCACCGGUCUCGUCAACCCUCUGUACAGUCUGGGUGGCUUGGAUGGUGUCACUCACAUCACCGAGGAGAUGCCCAACCCGUCGCGCAAUGCUCCUCUUGCGAUCGCAAUCACCCUGAUCAUUGCCUUCUGUACUGGCAUCACCUAUCUCAUCACCCUCAUGUUCUCUAUCCAGGAUUUUGACGCACUUACCACCAACAACACCGGCCUGCCGCUGGCGGAGCUCUUCCGUCAAGUCACGCAGCACGCAGGAGGCGCGUUCGGCUUGACUUUCAUCUUGUUCGUCGCUCUAGGCCCCUGCGUCGUAAGCUCCCAAUUGAGCACAGGCCGUGUUUUCUGGGCCUUUUCUCGUGAUGGCGCCAUGCCGUUCUCCAGGAUCUGGGCCAAGGUGCACCCUCGACUUCAAAUCCCUCUGAACUCGCAGAUUGCCGUGACUACAGUCGUCGCGCUCCUCGGCUGCCUCUACCUCGGAUCGUCCACAGCCUUCAACUCGUUGCUUGGCACUGCCGUUACGAUCAACAACAUGUCCUACAUGGUUCCGAUUCUGACGAACCUCCUCACCGGUCGGAGAAACAUGCAUCGUGGCGUUUUCCACAUGGGCAAUAGGAUCGGCCUGAUCGUGAACACAGUCACGGUCUGCUGGCUCACAUUCGCUAUAGUCUUUUUCUCGUUCCCCUACGUCCAGCCGGUCACUGUCCAGAACAUGAACUAUACUUGCGUCGUCGUUGGGGGCCUCGUCAUACUCAUUUCGGGGUGGUGGUUCCGGGUGGGAUCCGAGUAUACUCAGACAAUGCUCAAGGCGAAGGAGGAGUAG